GGCGACCGAGGGGCGUGGCAGAGAGAUUAGUACGGCCUGAGCCCUGCGUGCUCUGCGCGCUGCGGCUUCUUUGCGUCUGCGUAUUUCGCUCACCUCCCUUUCUGCCUCCGCUGCCGCCAUGGCGCCUGUGAAAAAGCUUGUGGCGAAGGGGGGCAAAAAAAAGAAGCAAGUCCUAAAAUUCACUCUGGACUGUACCCACCCUGUAGAAGAUGGAAUCAUGGAUGCCGCCAAUUUUGAGCAGUUUCUUCAGGAGAGGAUCAAGGUGAAUGGAAAAGCUGGCAACCUGGGUGGCGGUGUUGUAACCAUUGAAAGAAGCAAGAGCAAGAUUACUGUAACUUCCGAGGUGCCCUUUUCCAAAAGGUAUUUGAAAUAUCUUACCAAAAAAUAUUUGAAGAAGAAUAAUCUACGAGAUUGGUUACGCGUAGUCGCUAACAGCAAAGAAAGUUACGAAUUGCGUUACUUCCAGAUUAAUCAAGAUGAAGAAGAGGAGGAAGAUGAGGAUUAAAACUCAAACGGGAAUAUUUGUAUAAGUUCUUAAAUAAAAUUUAUCAACCAAAA